UCAGAGGCACCAUGUAGCGAUAAAAAAAACAUGCGAGGGCCCGCCAUCGCUGCUUGCAGCUAUAUUUUUUUACUUUUUUCAUUUAUUUUUUUUACAUUUGUGGGCAAUUUGGGGACUUUAACAUACUCGAAAACUUUUGAAAUUUGGCAGACACGUCAGAGUCGUCGGACAUUAGGACUAGGGAUCGACCGAUAUAUCGGCCGGCCGAUAAAUCGGGCCGAUUUUGGCAGGUUUGACGUGUAUCGGCAUCGGCCGAUACGCUGCUGCGUUCGCCGAUAGUUUUUUAUUUACAGACAGGCAUCCACAGGCAGCUCUGUGUUGCUUGAGACCCUGCAGUUCACGUGCAGCACAUGCACCGCCCCUCCCUGCUAACAGAGUGCUGAAGCCUGCACUGGUAAGUUUUAAACUUUCAAAUCAUCUUUUAACUGUUUGACUUAGCUGAAAUAUUGCCAUACACAAAGUGUAAACACGUUGCUCUUUAUGUGCACUGCAUGCAACUAUAGCUAAAAAAGUUUUUGUGUCCAAAUGGAAACCGCGAAUGCGGCGAGCUCCAAAUGGAAACCGCGAAUGCGUCGAGCUGCAAAUAGCCAAGUCAGGCUUUCCGUAUGAAUAAGGCAGCUGUUACAAACACUGGUCAUAGGAUUUUAAAAUGCCGACGUUGUUCCGUGAUAUUUGUAGGGGUUUUAUUCAGCGACCACCUGGCUAAGACACGUGCUCGUGCGGUCGCAACGCACAGCAUGCGCGUUGCGACCGCGUGCUUCUUUUAUGAGAUUCUUUUACAAAUGCGCUUAUGUGUCCAGCCGCGCGUAUGCCGUUGUAAUAUGGAAACAUAAACUUUUUACAAAGCCGUGAGCAAACGCAUGUCAUUUGACAAAAAACAACCGACCUUUCCAUGACAACACCGAAAAGCUCGACCAAACAGCUAAAUCAUAGCUGGACAGUGCGGGUUUUUAUUUCCAUCUCCAAUUCUCCAUAAAUAUAUGUAGUAGUAAAGGGCUAGAAAUCCUUAUCCUUUGCUGAUAGUUUCGCGUCAUUGUGGAGAGCGCAGUUCAUGGUUGCAUAGCAAUGACAGACACCACAAGUACUUGUUGAAAGGAGAAAGCGGAGCGGCUAUGCUUUCCACGCAUUUUUAGACACGUUAUGUGAACGGCCUCUAAUUCAUAAUACACCGAGAACCUAUUUGAUUUAAAAUCGUUUUUGUUUUGUUUAACAUUGCGACCACGAUUACAUAUAUAUCAGACAACUACACAGAAUUACAUGUUCCAGUCUAUUAAAAUAAUCAUUAAUUCAAACAUGUUUAAUUCAUAAAUACCUAUUUAAUUAAUGGAUUUUUAUAUGAAUCUCUUAAGUCUUCUUGAAUAAAUGACUAAAUAAAUCCCUACUAACAGAGUGCUGAAGCCUGCGCUGGUAAGUUUUAAACUUUCAAAUCAUCUUUUAACUGUUUGACUUAGGUAAACUUUGUGUAUGGCAAUAUUUCAGCUGUUUAAUUAAUGGAUUUUUAUAUGAAUCUCUUAAGUCUUCUUGAAUAAAUGAUUAAAUAAAUGUUGGAAUAGGAAACAAGAACUGAUAAGAACCAGAAUCACUAAAAUUUAAAAUGAUACCCAACCUUACUUAGACAUGCUGCUCAUUUUAUUUUAUGUAGAAAAAUUGAAGCCAUGGCUGUCUUAAAUUACAAAUCAAGCACUUUAUUUCAGUGGCUGCUUUUCAGAUUUAUUGUUUUCUUAAAUUCAGAUUUCAAAUUUAAACGUGUUGACAGUCAGGACAUUUUGUGAUGACCUGAUUGUAUCUGCUUAUUAUAUGUCAGCAAGCAAUGCAUGAUCAAAGCUGUGUUAUAGAUGUUUAUGAAAUCCUUUUACCCUCGCACAGUUAUGAUGCAUAUGAUGCACAUUGCACACAUUUGGGUGAAAUAAAUGUUAGAUGAUUGCAGAUGUAACACUAAUGUGUUUUUGUUUAUUCUUUCUAAAGAAAUGGCAACAAAUCCAGUGUGGCAGCAUUUUACGCAGCCUACUCCAGGUAAGGCUCGCUGCAACAUCUGCAAUUCAUUGGUGAGCAUGGGAGCUGAAAAGGCAAAGACAAAAAAUACUUCAAAUAUGUGGAGCCACUUGAAACGUCACCACCUUGAGGCCUAUAAUGAAGCACAAAAAGAAAAGGAUGAUCGAGCAGCAGCUUCUACUUCUGCAGCAAGUUUAACACAGCCUAAUCUUGUGGAGAUGUUCGAUGCCCAAAGGAAAUGGGGUACUUCUGACACUAGGUCCAAAAAAGUUGAUCUUGCCAUAGUUGAGAUGAUUGCCACAGACAAUCAUCCAUUUACGGUUGUCUCUGGUGUUGGUUUUAAAAGGUUGGUGGCAUUGCUGGAGCCCAGAUACUCCCUCAAAACAGAAAAGUACUAUCGCACUGACCUCUUUAAAGAUGUUCACACAAAAGUAGAAAACAAAAUCAAGGAGCUGGUCACAUUAGAAAAUGCAGGCCCAUAUUUGGCAUUUACAACGGAUUGUUGGUCUGGUGACACAGAAUCCUUAAUGAGCCUGACCUGUCAUUUUAUUGAUAGUGACUGGGAGAGGAAACAAAUUGUCCUCAAUGUCAAAGCCAUGCAUGGCUCUCACACAGGUGAAUAUAUCAGUGAGGUGUUCCUCAGUCUGCUGAGGCAUUGGGACAUCGACACAGAGAGAGUUGUGCUUGUGCUUCGCGAUAGUGGCGCAAAUAUGAUUAAAGGGAUAAGGCUCACCGAAGUACCCGAUCUCAGCUGCAGUGCUCACACCCUUCAGCUGGUGGUAAAUGACGCGAUCAACAGCCAGCGAGCAGUGAUGGACAUUGUUGCAAAAUUAAGGUCUUCUGCUACCCAUUUUAACCAUUCGAUACUGGCCAAACAGCGUUUGAAGGAAAUUAAAAAAGAACUUGACCUCCCCCAGCACAGAAUAAUCCAGUCUGUUCCAACACGCUGGAACUCCACUCUUCACAUGUUGGAAAGCAUGCUGGAGCAGAAACGGGCACUUACUGUAUAUGCAGGGGAACAUGGAAAGAUAUCAAUCUUAACAGCAGACCAAUGGACUCUUGUGGGCAAUUUGAUUGACACACUGAAACCGCUUGAACAGGUAACACUAGAAAUGAGCAAAUCAGACUCAUCAAUAUCGUGCAUAAUUCCCAGCAUCACUGUCUUAAAAAUGUUACUUGAAGUUGAGGGUGCAAAAGCUAGGGGCAUCAAAACACUCCGUGACACUAUGCUGGACAGUUUAAAGGCAAGGUUCCAAAACGCAGAAAAGAACAAAUGCUUGGUCCUCGCAACCUUACUAGAUCCUCGUUACAGGGGUCAUGCCUUGGCCCCAGGCACACUGAGCACUGCAAAAGACUGGAUAAAGGGGGAGCAUGCCAUUCUGUCUGAGGCUGAGAAACAGAAAAAGGCUUCCUCAGAAGAUCAAGCCCCGGAUCCAAAACGGAUAAGGGUGGAGGAAGAAGAGGAGGAAGAUGCUAGUACGUCUGACAUGCUUGAACAGAUGUAUGUCAACCUUCUGGGGGCACAUGGACCAACCUCUGAAAAUACUGAUGAUGAGGAGGAGCACCUUUUCUCUCAGCAGCUGGAUCAAUACCUACGGGAGCCAUUGAUCGACAGACAGACCGGCCAACCGCUUGCAUGGUGGAAACAAAAUUCAUCCCGCUUGCACCUUCUGGAACCACUUGCCAGAAAAUUUCUCUGUCCACCCCCCUCCUCUGUUCCUAGUGAGAGGGUAUUCAGCGAGGUCAGCCAGAUAUAUGAGAAAAAGAGGAAUAGGCUGACGGGAGAAAAUGCAGAGUGUCUCUGUUUCCUCCAUUAUAACCUGCAGCUCCUAAACUGGGAGUAUUAAGAACUUUCAGUGAGUGGUGUGUGGUGUAAAGAUGUGGGCAAUGCACAUGUGCACAAUUCUUUAAGUUUUCUUUUGUUCAGUGUUGUUGUUUACAUUUUUCUUAUCUUAUUAAGAAAGCCAUUUGCUCUAUGAGUGAAUAAGUGCACUAAAACUUCAAUUACUUGUUGCUACUGUGUGUAAUAGUAUUAUUAUUUUAUUUAUGAGAAAAUGCUUAGCAUCUCUGUUUCCUCCAUUAUAACCUGCAGCUCCCCUCCUAUACUGGAAGUAUUAAGAACUUUCAGUGAGUGGUGUGUGGGGUAAAGAAGUGGGGCAAUGUGCAUGUUAUGCACAAUUCUUUUUAAGUUGUCUUUUAUUCAGUGCUGUUGUUAACAUUUUUCUUAUUUUAUUAGAAAAGCCAUUUGCUCUAUGAGAGAAUAAGUGCACUAAAACUUUCAAUUACUUGUUGCUGCUACUGUGUGCAAUAGUAUUAUUAUUUUAUUUAUGAGCAAUUGCAGAGCAUCUCUGUUUCCUCCAUUAUAACCUGCAGCUCCCCUCCUAUACUGGAAGUAUUAAGAACUUUCAGUGAGUGGUGUGUGGGGUAAAGAAGUGGGGCAAUGUGCAUGUUAUGCACAAUUCUUUUUAGGUUGUCUUUUAUUCAAGUGUUGUUUACAUUUUUCUUAUUUUAUAAGGGAAAGCCAUUUGCUCUAUAAGAGAAUAAGUGCACUAAAACUUUCAAUUACUUGUUGCUGGUACUGUGUGCAAUAGUAUUAUUUUAUUUAUGUUUAAACAUUUAUUUUCAGUUCAGCACUGACCUCUUUUACUUGUUCUACCUCACAUAUUUAAUAUUUGUUAAAUAUUGUUUAUUUACUUGUUCUUACAUGUUCUACCUCACCUGUUUUUACUAUUUGUUAAAUAAAGUUUUUAAGUUCAAUAAAUGUUCCUUUUUUAAGUUGAGACUUUGAUAUCAUCGUGUCAUUUAUGAUGUAAAUUAAGUGAGCAAAAGCAGUAUCGGCGCCAAAUAUCGGCUCAAGAAAAUCGGCAGCUCGUAUCGGUCAUCGGCCAAGGCUGAUGAAAAAAAAAUCGGCAUCGGCACUGAAAAAUCUAUAUCGGUCGAUCCCUAAUUAGGACCAGGCAAAGGCUGGAACUCGGGCGUGGCAGGGGGGCUCUGUAGCGCCCCCUGUAAGGCAAAAUCAAACAUUGGUGCACAGAUCUGACAAACAUGUACGCACAUGUACGAGAGUUGGUAAGUAUAUAGAUCUCAUCGGCCCAAACAAAUUUCGCCCUUAAACCUAUUAGCUCUGCACAACAGGAAGUCAGCCAUUUUGGAUUUUUUCAAAAGUGCAUUCAGUGAACUUUCA